AUGGCCGCUUCCCUGCCCGGUUUGCAGAGCCAGGCGGGCGGGGUGGCAGCCGAGCGUCGAAGACUCUGCCCUGCCAGGGGCGAGGGAGGGAGCGGCGUGGGAGAAAUCGCCUGGGUGACUCCGCCGGCUCCGGGGAUCUCGGCCCAGCUCGCCCGAGAGGACAGGACAAAAAAGGCAGAGUUUAAUAUGCCAGAAAUCCCAUCCAUACCAAAUCCUUUUCCUGAACUUUGUGUCUCUCCAUUUACAUCAGUUUUAUCAGCCAGCCUGUUGCCUAAGGCAAAUCCCAGGACAAAACAGGUAAUUAAAGUAUAUAGUGAGGAUGAAACCAGCAGAGCUUUUGAAAUACCAAGUGAUAUAACAUCCCGAGAUUUGUGCCAGUUGCUAAUACUAAAGAAUCAUUACGUUGAUGAUCAUAGCUGGACCCUCUUUGAACGCCUCACUUAUUUAGGUCUUGAAAGAAUAGUCGAAGACCAUGAAAUGAUUGUUGAAGUCCAUUCGAAGUGGGGAAUUGAAGAAGACAAUAAAUUUUAUUUCCGGAAAAAUUACGCCAAAUACGAAUUCUUUAAGGCCCCUGAGAUUUUUUUCCCAGAUCAUCUGGUAUCCCUCUCAAAUGAGAGCAAUGGCACAACGAACCACGCACAGAUACUGCAGAUGUUUUUAAGUUCCACUGCAUAUCCUGAAAUUCAUGGUUAUUUGCAUUUUAAAGAGCAAGGGAAGAAAACCUGGAAAAAAAUGUACUUUUUGUUGCGAAGAUCUGGUCUGUAUUUUUCCACUAAGGGAACAUCGAAGGAACCACGACACCUGCAGCUUUUCAGUGAAUUCAGCUGCAGCGACAUAUAUAUGUCUCUGAGAGGCAAAAAGAUAUCUGGAGUUCCAGCCACUUUUGGUUUCUGCUUCAAGCCUUAUAAAGCAGGAGGAACCAGAGACCUGAAAUACCUUUAUGCAGACAGUGAGCAAAGUAGGACCUGUUGGAUGACAGCAAUUCGGUUGCUGAAGUAUGGAAUGCAGUUGUACAAGAAUUACACACAGCCCUAUCAAGGAAGAAGUGGGGGCAGUUUUCUUAGCACACCCAUGAGAAGUGUUUCAGAGAAUUCUCUUGUGGCUAUGGACUUCACAGGGAAUAAAUCCAGAAUUAUUGAAAACCCCACAGAAGCCUUAUCGGUUGCAGUCGAAGAAGGUUUAGCAUGGCGGAAAAAAGGGAGCUUACGUCUUGGUAUACACAGCAGCCCCAGCACUUUACAAAGUGUCCCCUCCACUACAGCUAUACACAGUUCACAGCCGUGGUUUCAUCAUAAGAUUUCUAGAGAAGAGGCACACCAACUGAUUCUGAGGCAAGGACUGGUGGAUGGAGUUUUCUUGGUACGGGAUAGUCAAAGCAAUCCCAAAACUUUUGUGUUGUCAUUAAGCCAUGGAUUAAAAAUAAAGCACUUCCAAAUUGUGCCGUUAGAAGAGGAAGGCAAACUCUUUUACACACUGGAUGAUGGUCACACCAGAUUCUCUGAUCUUAUUCAACUUGUGGAGUUCUACCAACUUAAUAAAGGCAUCCUUCCUUGCAAGUUAAAACAUUAUUGUGCCCGAAUUGCACUUUAG